AUGGUAACAUCUUCUUUCAACAUUCACUUCUUCCCUCUUAAACUUCUAUCAGCAGCUUUCACACUUGGACCACAGCUCUUUCCUUUUGCGCAAGUUCCAUUUUCCAUUGAAAAUAAAUGGCGACUACUGGCAGUAAUGUGUGCAUUUUUUGGAAGUGGCUUUGCUGCCCCCUUUUUUAUAGUCAGACACCAGCUCCUUAAGAAGUGAAGAGGAUGGAAU